AUGGAAGAAACUAUACUCCGACUCAACCUGUCCCAUCCAGUCGAAGGAGUCCAGAUUCCCACAGAUGACCCGAUUUUGAACCCCGGCCCACCUGGACCUGGACCAUCGUUACGACGGCCCUCGCCGAAUGGACCCAUUCAACACAGGAUCUAUUCCAAUGCAGAGCUGGAACCGGCGCAUCCUGUGGAAAGAAGAAGCGCGCUCAACGGGGAGCGAGAGCAAAGGCGAGAUAGAAAUCUUGAUACGCGACCGAACUAUAGUGCGGUUAGCCCAGAGGAGGAUGUGCGACAGCUGUUUGAGGAAUGCGAGAUUGCUCGAGACAAUUGUCGAAUACUGGCCGACUCACUUGUAUACGCGACUCCUGAUAGCAUCGCGACUGACACGGUGAUAAAGGAGUUCCGAGAGAAGUGCAUGAAGUCGCAAGAGAUCAUUGGUGCACAAUUUGGUUGGGUGACAGCCAUUGCGGAUCGUGCACGUUUGGAGCAGGUUGCUAAGAACGGGUCAGAAGAUACGAAUCCUACAACAGAGGAGCAGCUGUUACAGGCUCUUGUUAUGGUCCAUGGGGAGCUAAACGACGUUUUCAAGACAUAUGACGAUCUUGAACGAAUAGCCAUCAGCGAGCGUGAAGAGGCCGAGGUACGAGCACGGAGCAAAGUUGAGCUUCGACUGGACCGAAGUCUAGACGAAGACGACCAUACAAUUCCAUCAGACAACCAAGGGGCAUCUCUAUCGCAAACACACACACCUACACCUGCUCAUGGCCAAUUCCCUCCUCCAGGCCACACACGACGUCCACUCCCUCAACUCCCUCAGACAUCUCCAUAUGUUAACUCUCUAUCCCCGCCACCCCCUACACCCUACAUCCCUCAAGCUCCAUCCCAGAACCGAACUCCCCCACCUAAAUCAGGCAGUUUAAUAAAGAACGAUCAUAACGAGGGAACCAUUGCACAAUCUGCGGGAAUAUCUCAUGCCACUUAUGAAAGAUCUCUUGCAUCACAAGACACUAUGGGAAGCGAGAUAUCAGUGAAUACAAUGGAGCCUCAAAACGAUGGUUCGGCUCCAGCAUUCGAUUUCCAUGAGAUUUUAAUCAGUAGGACAAUGGACGUGAGGGAGGUUGUUUCACACUUGGUUGCCCACGGUUGUCAGGACCUUUCCGCUAGGCUUGAUGAAUCUUCGUUUGGCGAAUACCCAGUCGCUCAUGGUGGGUUCAGUGAUAUCUACCACGGUCGACUACUGGACAGUACACGGGUCGCGGUGAAGGCCUUGCGGGUUUCUGUCGAUAGUAUCACCAAGGAGCCCAAACACUUCAAACAUGCGGCUCGAGAGCUUUAUGCAUGGAGUCAGUGCAACCACCCCAACGUCAUCCCAUUGCUUGGAUUGGCAAUCUUUCGGAAUCGAAUUGGGAUGCUUUCCCCUUGGAUGGGGCAGGGCAAUCUGCCUCGCUACCUGCAGACAGUACCGGAUGCAGACCGGCUUCAUAUGGUGCGGCCCUUGCGGGUGCAUCCAAAUCUGCGAAGCGCUAUCAUAUCUGCAUCAAAUCCGUAUUAUUCAUUGCGAUCUGAAGGGGGCCAAUGUGCUUGUCUCGGAAGAGGGACUCCCUUUCUGACAGACUUCGGCACCUCCUUGUUGGUAGAUCGGACACUGGGCUUUACCCAGACAACCAGCGGCCCCGCCUUUUCCAUACGAUGGUCUCCAGCCGAAAUCCUAGACGAAACUAGUCCCCAUACAGAAAUGUCUGAUGUGUAUGCGCUGGGCAUGACUAUAUAUGAAACAAUCUCAGGGAAAAUCCCAUACCUCGGAAAGGGAGACUCGAACGUGAUACGUCUAGUAACUGUGAGGCAAGAGCACCCUGAGCGCCCUGAAUGCAUGCGCGGUGGUGAAAAUGAGGAUAGUCUGUGGAAUCUGCUCGUUCGUUGUUGGUCGUUUGAGCCUACCGCACGCCCGAGUGCGGCUGAAGUCACAACAAUUAUGAAGACGAUCUCUGGAGCCAGCUCCCGCUUGGAGGCCAACGGUAAAAUUGAAUAG